ACACAGCACGUAACAAUAACGGGUCUCUUGUAAACGAGCCCCCAGUGUGUGUGUCUUGUAAAUAAGCCCCAAAGGUCCGCAGGGCAGAGCGAUGGGAAGGCUGUGUGGAGAAAGAAUGUAGUAACCCAAAGGAGAGGAUGCUCUCAUACUUUUCCCCUUAAGAAUAAGGCGUUCUGCUGAGGCCAGUGGUUGGUACGCUAUCAAUAGGAGUGUGGUUCCCAUUGCCCUGGUGCUAACAAUUACUGCAGGCUGCUUGCAAGGGGCGUUUUUGCUGACAAGAGACCGGAACUGCGUGUUGUGUGAUCGGUUGUAUCUGCCAAGUUACCUCAGGCAGCGCUGGUCAAAACCCUCAGUAGAUACUCCUGAAGAGAAACUUCUUCCCGCUGUAUGAUUUCAGAGCACUGCUGUAACAAGUCUUGUUCAGCACAGUUGUUCUUCAUGGCUUACUUCCUGCCUUGGCUUGUAGAAAGGAAAAGUUUUAAAGGUGUCUUUCUUGCCUUGCUGCAGAAAAUCCUCAAAAAUGGGCAAAGGUGAUCCUAAGAAGCCGAGAGGUAAAAUGUCUUCAUACGCCUUCUUUGUGCAAACCUGCCGGGAGGAGCACAAGAAGAAACAUCCAGAUGCUUCAGUGAACUUCUCAGAGUUCUCAAAAAAAUGCUCAGAACGAUGGAAGACUAUGUCUUCUAAGGAGAAAGGGAAGUUUGAAGAUAUGGCAAAGGCUGACAAGCUUCGUUAUGAAAAAGAAAUGAAAAACUAUGUACCACCUAAGGGGGAAACAAAAAAGAAGUUCAAGGAUCCAAAUGCACCGAAGAGGCCUCCUUCGGCUUUUUUCUUGUUUUGCUCUGAGUUUCGUCCAAAAAUCAAAGGAGAACAUCCUGGUCUUUCCAUUGGGGACGUGGCAAAGAAACUGGGAGAGAUGUGGAACAACACCGCAGCAGAUGAUAAACAGCCUUAUGAAAAGAAGGCUGCUAAGCUGAAGGAGAAGUAUGAGAAGGAUAUUGCUGCGUACCGGGCCAAAGGGAAGGUUGAUGCAGGCAAAAAAGUAGUUGCCAAGGCUGAGAAGAGCAAGAAGAAGAAGGAAGAGGAGGAAGAUGAGGACGAAGACGAAGAGGAUGAAGAGGAUGAAGAAGAGGAAGAAGAGGAGGAGGAAGAUGAUGAUGAUGAUGAAUAAGUCUCUUUUAGAGCAAUUUCUUUCUUGUCUAUAAAGCAUUUAACCCCCCUGUACACAACUCACUCCUUUUAAAGAAAAAAAAAAAAUGAAAUGUAAGGCUGUGUAAGAUUUGUUUUUAAACUGUACAGUGUCUCUUUUUUUGUAUAGUUAACACACUACCGAAUGUGUCUUUAGAUAGCCCUGUCCUUAGUGGUAUUUCAAUGGCCACUAACCUUGCCUGGUACAGUGUGGGGGUUGUAAAUUGGCAUGGGAGUUUUAAAGCAGGUUCUUGUUGGUGCACAGCACAAAUUAGUUCUGUUUGGGGAUGUAGUUCAUUUCUCAUCUUCAGUUGUCUCUGAUGCAUCAUAAAAAUAAUUGUCGUUCUGUUAAUUGAAUACCACUCUGUAAUUGCAAAAAGGAAAAAAGAAAGUUGCAGCUGUUUUGUUGACAUUCUGAAUGCUUCUAAGUAAAUACAAUUUUUUUUAUUA